AUGACCGGCGAGUUCGCUUCUCAGCUCACACGUUGCGCGCCCAAGCGGUUUGCCACUUGCGCUUCCCUGAACUCCAUCUUCCAGGUCCAGGACCUCAGCCAUUCUCUCACGGUGCUUGCUGCUGAGGCUGGCCGCCUCUCCAAGAACAUCAUAAACCAUGGCUUCACUCUGUCCGACUUUGGGGACAUGAAUGACGUCAGGAAGGUCCUUCAGGACCUCACAGCGGAGAGGCAGAUCUACCAGGAGGCUGCCGAGCGCCAGGAGGCAGCGGCCAAGGCCAAGGAAGAGGAGGCCAAACGGAGGGAGGCUCAGGCGGAGGCCAUGAUUCGGGACGAGGCUCAGCAGAGAGACAGGAUGGAGGCCCAUCACCAGGAGGAACUAAGGGCUCAAACCGAGGCUGCUGAGAAGGCCAGGCGAGAUCUCCGGGAGGCCAGGGAGGCUUUGGAUGAAAUGGUCGCCAAGGUGAGAUCUUUAGAGGAGACUCACCAGUCGGACAUUGAGUCUAAGGCCGCUCUAGCUGCGGAGUUGAAGGAGCUUAGGGAUUUCAAAGAACAAUCCACCAAGAAGGCCAAGAGGGCCGAGCUCCUUUCUCCUGUUUCCUCCAUGUUUGGUGCCAUUGUACAACUGUUAAAGAACCAAAAGAAGAAAAAAACAGAGCACUGGAAACUGAAAACAUGGGCUAGCAGAUCACUCAAAACUAGGGGUGUUCACGGAUUGGUUUGGUCUGGAUUUUCAUAA